CAUUUUGAGUGACUGGAGUCUGAAACCUUAAAAUCAAACGUACAUAGGAUUCUGAUUAUUUGUGCAGGUUCCCAUUUAUUCAUUAUUAACUGUACUUAAGUUGUUUUUUGAGGUUGUGCAAGUACUUAACCGACCCUACAAAUAGUCAUCGCAGAAGGACCAAAAUAUGUCAACCCCUUUUCUGUGAUGCUUCCACUUCCACUCUGCUUCAACUUGGAGGUGAACACUGAAAAGUACCUUGCCAAAUUCAAACCCCCACUGAGCUAGCGCACCAAAUCUAUCUACUCCUGUGGUUUCCAAUAUUUUCAUUCUCAUUUUCUACUUCUUACUGUUACUGAAAGUGUUUGCUACACUUGGAAGAUGGAUUUAGAAGUUGGAACCUCACAUUCUUGAUCUUUUACAUCGAAAUGUGGCGCCUUUUGCCUUGAAGACAUCAAACUCAGUGGUUGAUAAUGGCAAGCCCCUCUGGUCAUGGAUAUAAAUCAAACAGAAAUUACAGGCAGUGGCUAACUGAAACUUUUGAUGGUCAUGAAACAGCAGAUGAUGAGUUAUCAGAUAAUCUGGAUGGAAAUGAUAACAUAAUUCAACCAUCUCUUCAGGCUUUUUCUUUAACUUCAGAACCUUUAGAACCAUUUAUUGGCAUGGAGUUUGAAUCAGCCGAGGAUGCUAGAGAAUUUUAUGAGAUGUAUGGUAGGCGUAUGGGAUUUACCAUACGAAAUAAUCGUACACGCCGUUCACUUAAAGAUAAUUCAAUAAUUGGUCGGGAAUUUGUUUGCUCAAAAGAAGGUUUUCGUUUAAAAAAGUAUGAAAAUAGAGAAAAAAGAGCUCUUCCAUCACGUCCAGCCACUAGAGAGGGAUGCAAUGCAAUGAUGAGGAUAGCUGCAAAGGAUGGGGGAAAGUGGGCUGUAUAUGGUUUUGUGCAAGAACAUAAUCAUGAGCUGAAUCCUAGCAAAAUUCCACCUCGAAGAUCACAUAGAUUAGCAUUCAGUGAGGAUGAGAAAGAUUUAAAAAUCCGGGAACUAACCACAGAGCUUCAUCGUGAGAAAAAGAAAUCUGCAGCUUAUCAGCAGCAACUACAGUUGGUUUUGAAAUAUGUUGAGGAGUAUACUCAGAGGCUGUCAUUAAAAAUUGAAGUGGUUGAAAACAAUAUGACAGAACUUGAAUCUGAGGAGCAAGACAGUGCACAAUCUGACUAGAUCAACUGCGUGAUUCAUAUAUAUGCAAAUUUUAAUUCCAGGUAGAUUCUUGUUUCCUGUUCAGUAUGUUUUCAUUUGGGUAUUGGAUGAUUUUUACACCAGAUAUAUUUCAGGCAAGUACUUAUCUGUGCAGACUGCUGAAUUGCUGAUGCAUACUAUGGCGAGCAUGAUUAGAUCUUCGUACUAAUGGGAUCCCAGUUCUAAGAAUAUAUGUUAAAUGCAUAUUGAUGCACUCCUUCACAUCCUUUCUAGCUUCCACAGGUAGUAGUUUCUCAGCUAUGGAUGCAUUGUCAUUGCGGUACCAGCUGAUGGCUCUAAUCCAAGACUCUUGAGAUGACUUAGGUGUGAUGUGCCAGAAUAGAACAAGGGAAGGCAUUUUGUACACUUUCAUCCAUGCGGGUGCAUGACAUCCGCUUUCUCUUUUCUUAUUCAUUUUCUUUUUCCAUUGUUUGCUUUCUCCACACCUGCAAUAGAAGAACAUAAACUCGAUGAACAGCAGAGUCUGCUGGUUGUGGAUCCCCUGAGCAUUUGCGUCGAGAAACUUGUGUUUCUGUAAUUCUUGAGUUGUAUACUUCAUUUUACCUCAUUGUUUUGUGCCAAAUAAACACGACUCUAAGCGGAGGAGAGUUCUUAGA